AUGGCCAAACAUAGCCAAUGGAAUGGUGGCUGUAAGGAAGCUUCUAAGCUUCUUCUUGAGAUUGAAACCAACGAUAUCAUUGAAUCGGCCAAACAGCUAUUUGCAACUGUGAACAUCACCUUGGACUAUGAGGAACCCGUGUAUAUGUUUCCAGACAAGAUUCCACAGAAUCUGCAUGCCUUCGUGAGUCCUGUGAACGUCUCAAGGCAGCUUCUAUUCCCAUACUCCUCCAAGAGUUGGAACGACGUUUCUCUGGCGAGAAUACCGAGAUACUGGGUGCUCUGAAGGCUUUAAAAGAUGCGUCAAAAUCGACAUAGCUAGAUUAUGCGACCCUUUCCAGUCUCGUUGCCAAAUUUGGAGAUUGUCUCCAUACGGACUCUGUCUUGCUUAAACCCGAGUGAGAACGGGCGAAGAUUCUAGUUGCUGCCGGAAAGAACAUCGACCCUGAGCUGUACCCCAACUUAUUCAAGGUGAUCGCCAUAUUAAAGACCUUGCCAGUUGGUGCUGCAACCGUGAAUAAUCGGAUGUUGAGCUGGGCUCGUAAUAGCUUAGGCAGUUCGUUGGCCAAUAACUUUAUGUUGCUAUCCAUGAAUAAAUACCUGUUAAAAAGGAUAAACUUGGACAAAUUGCUUGAUCGAUGGGUAAAUAAAAAAUACCGAAUCGUACCAUUCAACUAAAGACUUGUAGCACUAAAGGAGGACUGACCGCUUAUACCGUCAUGCUUCGCGCGAUACUUCCUUCCCAGCUGUGACCAAACAAAAAUGGCGGCAAGAAAAUGCGAGAUAUGCUUGGUUUUUAACGCGGACGUUUGACCUGUUGCCAUUGAAAUGGUAGGUGGUUAUUUUAUUUAUAGACAAUAUAAGCUAUGAAAAAUAUCUUCAUUCAUAGAGUUUUGACAUUGUGUAUGUACAGUUCUAUGAAUUAUUCAUUGAAAGCGCAUGGGUCGCAAGAAUAAUUACCGCUUUGACUUGAGCAUGUGAAAAGCACUAAUUUGAAUUGCAAAUUACUCGCAGUCCAAGUAGGCUUGUCAACGGAGUGUAUCGUUUUAUUCAUAUUUUAAGAUUGGUGAAAUUUAAACCACUAAAGAGCCCCACGUUUUUGAUAGGAAAAAGCAUGGAAAAUAUGGCAAUAUUUUAGUGCACACAAGGUUACAUUUAGUUAAGGAAAUUGAGCAUAACAACCUAUCCUUCGUGCGGUUUUGUAUAUAUUCUUCAGGCAUUGUUUUUUUUUUUGUUAAAAGGAAAGUGCUGAGCCUAGUUUGAUCAAGAGAGGACAUGUUUCAUCUGGAAAUACUCCUCAAAAACCACCAAGAAAGAAGGUUGCUCCAAGUGUGACAAGUGCCACUGGAGAAAAAAGCAGCAGAAGAACACCAAAACGUUUGUCAUUUUCGAAAAGUGCAUCAACAUCAUCAAAUGUAAGUUAA